AUGUCGCAUCCGUUGUCGGAUGAAGAUCCAGGGGUGGUGGACGAGCGGAAGCAGAAGCGGAUGCUGAGCAAUCGCGAGUCGGCGCGGCGGUCGCGGCUGAAGAAGCAGCACCAUCUAGACGAGAUGCGCCAGCAGGUCCGUGACGCCCCAUCCUCGGUGUCCCCACAACCCGACUGUCACCCCCUCGCACUGCCUCAUCACCAGCAACCGCCAUUCCCGCCUCCUCACCUCAACUCGUUUUCUUGGGCUAUAUUCCCUUCGCUUCCCCUCGCUGCCCAUACGCAGGUGGCGCAGCUGCGCGCGGAGAACAGCGAGAUGUCGACGCGGUACAACAUGGCGUCGCGGCACUACACGCAGCUAACAGAGGAGAACCGCGUGCUGCGCUCGCACGCCAUGGAGCUCAGUCGCCAGCUGCAGCGCCUGCACCACGCAGCCGCCGCGCACGGCCACCCCAUGAACGCGCAACUCGGCCUCGGAUCCAGCCUCGGAUCGAGCCUCGGGUCCAGCCUCGGCGGUGGUCUAGGCUCGUCCCACAUUGAUCCCCUCGCAUUUUCCCUCGCGCCGCCGCUGGGUCCCCCGUUUUCGUCGCAUCACAUGGCUGGACGGUCGCCCAUGUCUAUGUACCCCUACGCCUUGCCUCCCUCGCCUGCGCCGGAGGUCUCUAGGUGA